AUGGACGACCUCUGUUUCCGUACCAAAGCUAUCGUACAAAAGGUUCCUCAGGACCUCUGCGAACUAGAACAUUUAAUUCGCUCCCUGCACUCCGUUGAUGCUGCCAAAGCACCAAUUACUCGCAUGGAAAGUCAAAUUUCACAAAACCUUGAUCUCGCCUUGUCUAACUGUCAGCGACUACGAGUUUUGUCGAGAAAUGAACCGCCAUCCAAACGGAGGCAAAUCGAUUUGGCUGUGAAUCAUAUCCAAUCGGAUUGUCAGCACCUUCGCAAUAAUUUACAGUCUCUCCAAAGAAAGCGAGCAGCACAUGAACAAGAAUUGAUACACAGAGCUAGCCUAUUUGCCCCUCCAGUGGGUGUGACCACCGCUAGCAAUGGUGAUGCCACUGUCUUACAAAUUGACACCGAGGUAAAUGAGUUUUCUCGACUCCAAGCAGUCGGCAGACGACUGGACGAAAUGCUUCUCGGUGGUUCUGCCAGUCUUGAAGCCCUCAAAUUUCAAGGAAGCACACUUAAGAACUCGCAUCGACGUCUGCUUGAUCUGGUGAACACUCUGGGUCUCUCAUACACCGUGAUGCGCCUUAUUCAACGCCGAGGCUACCAAGAUAAAGUGCUAUUCUAUGUCCUUGCUGGGGGAACAUUAGUAGCCAUGUAUUUUAUAUGGUAUUUCAUUCGUGGUUGA